AUGUCACCCCGAUUGCAGCUCUUACGAGCCUGCACUCGCCCUCAAUUUUCAUCAAAGUCGACCUCCCUGCCAAUUCAGUCGCCAAUUGCGACAUUUCUCGCGCCGAUCCUCCUGCGCAGUGGACUGCUCGAGCAGACACGGUCCGCAUCCAUCCUUUCUUCAAUCUCAGAUACUCAAGGAGCAUACAACAAGAGAAUAAGAGUGGGAAGAGGUCCCGCUUCUGGGAAAGGAAAGACAUCGGGGAGAGGUCACAAGGGUCAAAAACAGCACGGCAAGGUCCCCAGAGGCUUCACCGGAGGCCAAACGCCAGAUGAGAUUGUAAACCCGCCCAGGGGAAAAGAUAACCGGACAUAUCGCUUCACCCAAGAGUUCGCCAAAGUCAAUGUCGACCGUAUUCAACAGUGGAUCGAUCAAGGCCGCCUCGACCCCAAGAAGCCCAUUACACUGAGGGAUCUGCAAAGAAGUCGUUGCACACAUGGCCUGAAGGAAGGCGUGAAGCUCCUUGCGAGAAACGCCGGUCAACUCACUACCCCGAUCAACAUCAUUGUCUCCCGCGCAUCCGCAGGUGCCAUUAAAGCCGUCGAAGCUGCUGGCGGCACGAUCAGUACACGCUUCUAUACCAAAGCGUCCCUGCGACGCAUCAUGGCGGGCGAAACCGACCCCAUAAACUCUCUUAUGUCUGCGUUCCCUCCCGAAAUCGCCGAUCUGACAUCAAGGCCUAUAAUAGAUGCAGAGACUGGACUUAAGCUCACGGGCUGGAAAUAUCGACUGCCCGACCCGACGAGUAGAGCAGAUAUCGAAUAUUACCGAGAUCCGGCGCAUCGGGGAUAUCUUAGCCAUUUGGUGAAGGAUGGCGAGAGUCCAAGUCUAUUCUUCAGAACUGCAAAGGCGGAGCAAGAGAGGAAGGCUCUUGGUAAGCAGCAAGCAGAGACGCCCAUAUCGGAGACGAAGUUGUGGUGA